AUGGUGGAGAAUUUGACCGCGAGCUGCUUCACUUCGCUGCACUGCCGCAAUCUAUUUUUCUGGCCGGUGAUGGUUUGGCUGAGAGAGACGGCGACCGGCAUAAAGAGAGGAAUGAGAGUUACCGGCGAGAAAAAUACCAAUAUGACGGACAAGGCAGUGACUAUCCGAACGAGGAAGUUCAUGACAAAUCGUCUCCUCUCUAGGAAACAAUUUAUCAUUGACGUGUUACAUCCAGGACGGCCCAAUGUUUCUAAGGCUGAGUUGAAAGAGAAAUUGGCAAGGAUGUAUGAAGUGAAAGAUCCAAAUGCGAUAUUUGUCUUCAAGUUCAGGACCCACUUUGGUGGAGGCAAAUCCACUGGUUUUGGCUUGAUCUAUGAUUCUGUUGAGAAUGCAAAGAAAUACGAGCCAAAAUACAGACUCAUCAGGAACGGUCUUGAUACCAAGGUCGAGAAGUCCAGGAAGCAACUGAAGGAGAGAAAGAACAGAGCAAAGAAGAUCCGUGGUGUGAAGAAGACUAAAGCUGGAGAUGCUGCUAAGGCUGGCAAGAAGAAAUGA